AAAUCAAAAUAAUUUACUAUAUAUUAUUUUACAACUAUUGUUUUGCUUAUUCUUUUCAGAUAUUUCGGCAUUUACCAAUACCACGUGCCUACCCUCGUACCUUGCGACCCGGAGCUCAUCCGCCGGAUCAUGGUGGCAGACUUCGCGGCCUUUAGCGACCGAGGAGUCCACAUCGACCAGGACUGCGACCCGCUGUUCGGAAGGAACCUCAUCAUGCUAAGAGGUUCAAGAUGGCGCACAAUGCGCGCGGCGCUGACCCCAGCGUUCUCCGCGUCGCGCUGUCGCAGCAUGGCGCCUCUCAUGGCGGUCUGUGCACGUAACUUACAUAUACAUCUGCGCGAGCGAGUGCGACAAGAUACAGAGCUAGAUGUCGAUGAGAUUUCUACGGCAUAUGUGAACGAUGUGAUCGCUUCAUGCGCGUUUGGAUUUGCGACGGACUCCCUCCAGGACCCGCACAACUGCAUCUUCCGGCUGGCGAAGCGAGCUGUUGUCCAGGAUACUACACAGAUCAUGAAGUUCUUCGGCUAUGAGAAUAUGAAGACAAUCAUGCAGUUGCUGAAAGUGAAAAUAAUAAAGUCCAGUGACGCCGAACAGUUCGGCGAGCUGUUUAAGUCCGCGCUGCGCGCGCGGCGCGGCGGAGCCACGCCGAGGCCGGACUUCAUACAGACGCUCGUGGACGCCGCCGGCAAAACGGCGUCAGGCGCUGAGAAUUUCGCCGACGACGACUUGGUCGCCCAGGCUGUCCUGUUCUAUAUUGCCGGCUACGACACGACGGCAAAUCUCAUCAAUUAUUUCCUCUAUGAAAUGGCUACCAACCCUACUACACAGGAAAAACUGCAGAGUGAAUUGGACCAGUUACCAGGGUCACAGGAGGACAAGGAAGCAUACGAUAAUGUCCAGGGGUUGGAAUACUUGGACAUGUGUGUCUGCGAGGUUCUGAGGUUGUGGCCCCUGGUCGGUGCCGCAGAUCGGCGCUCGGUUGCGCGCUACGACUUUGGCCCAAGCCAGCCCGAUGGAAAUACUCACUUUGUUGCAGAAGCGGGCGUGCACAUAUGGCUACCAGUAUAUUCCCUGCAUCGCGAUGCACGCUACUGGGUCGACCCUCACCAGUGCGAUCCGGAGCGCUUCUCCUCUACCAACAAGCACAAGAUUCUACCCUACACAUACAUGCCGUUUGGUACUGGGCCUAGACACUGCAUCGGGUCCCGUUUCGCGACAACAGCAGCAAAAGUGUUCCUGUCGCAGUUCCUCCGGCACUACAGCGUCAGCGGCGGCUCGUCACGAAAACUUGACCCCAGGGCCUUCAUUCUGCGACCCAAAGACGGCUUCACUCUCACUGUUACUCCGAGGAACAACAACAUAUGAUUAUUAUUAUAGUUAACACAUGAUUAUUAUUGCAUCCUUUAUCAAAACUCACGUACACUUGACUCUAAGAGGGCCUUCAUUAGUGAUUAUAUUCUCUUUGGCCUUCAUCUGCGACCCAAACCCGGGUACACUCUCACUGUUUGUCCUAAAAACAACAAUAUAUUCUUAUAGUUUUCCUUAACGAUAAUCAUUCGAUGCAACUUUUAUAUGGCAUCAAUUGGCUAUUUAAAUUUACAAAUAAUGCUUUCGGAAACCAUAAAAUAAUGCUGCAGAAAAACAAAUAAAACUAACAAUGGAACGAACACCGGGGGGGGUGAGGCCUUGAAAAGAGUCACGACUAUUGUGGCCACAAAAUGCUGCCUCGCCGGCGCCGCGCGGGACCCUAUUUGAAUUUGACGACGAAAAUAUACAUAUGUAAAUAAAUUAACAGUUAGCUUCGCAGAUGGCCGAUUUAAGUUUUAGAUGCGUUAGUGGGACAUAUUAUAAGAUAAUUAAAAAUAACUAAUGAUGCCUAGAUUACGUAACAACGCUCUGAGCAGGAGCAAUUCUGUUUCAUAUUACCUUGUAUGUCUGUCUGUCCAAUGGUCAAUCUCAUACCCGGAUUUAAAAGUGCUUUAUUGCUGAGGAUUACUCGAUAAUUCAAAAACAUCUACAAGUCAAAGUUUUGAUCAAAAGUAGGUCAUUUUGUGCAAAACGUUUCUGCCUGCUGUCCAUAGGUAUUUGUUUUGAUUAAAUUUCCAAAUUUGAAAAUGAUAGGCUCGGUUAAAAACAGUUUUUUACCUACUCUUAGAGCAUAAAGUGCUUUAGUUUUAUUAUUAAGUAAAACGGGACUUAAUCGAGUCAUGAAAUAUCAAAUAUAAAAUCAUUUAUUUGCUAGAAUCAUGAAGGUAUACAUAAAGCUUAUUAUCUAGGUCCGUGGCUAGAAUACAGUCAAGUGGAUGUUGUCAAAUACAUUUCAAGGAACAUGUAUUCAGCCAGCUAAUGGGCAUGCAAAUCUUAUAUUCAUAAAUAAAUUAAUCUAAUUUAUACUACAUUAUAACUACUAAAUUUAAUAAAUAUGGUCAAAACAUAAAGCAUUUUAUACUAAAAAUUCCGAUAAAUGUUUCCUAAAUACAGGCAGUGAGAAUAAUAUGUAUGUAAUUAUCGUGAAAUUUUAAACACAAGAACAAGUUUUAUAAAAUAGAGCUCAGAUUGCUCAGAAUAACAGGCUUAAACUAUUAAGUAAAAGCAUUAAAAGCAUGUAGCAAGCGAGGCAUGAAAAAGAAGUUGAGAGAAGCAAUCUUCGUACUUAUAUUCCCGUACGCUCCGCUCCACUACUCGCAACUAGAAUACGAGUAUCUAUUAAAGUAUUAGAACCCGCUCUGCUAGCUAAAUUCUUAGUACUGAAAGUUAAUGUAGCAAACUGAACUUAAGAAUUACUUCAGACUGAGUGCUGGAAACUAACCGGGGUUUCGACGCAAAUUAUAGGGAAUGAUCGGAGAAACUAAUUAAAUUAAAUAAUCUUUUUUUAUUAUACAGGGAAUCUUCUUAUUAUUUAUUUAUUUAAUCUUUAUUGCACAAUACAUGAAGGUAAAAAUGGCGGACUUAAUGCCUUAAAGGCAUUCUCUACCAGUCAACCAAUGGGUUAAACCAGAAAGAUUAAGUAGGUGCAGUGUCUUUUAAAGUAAAUGAAUUUGUAACCGAGACUAUAUAUGAAUAUAAAAAAUACAUUGAUAAAC